AAAACGUGACAAAAUAUUAUUUUUCUAAUGCCAAGUUGACAUUGGAUUUGCUUAUGGCUUACUUCAAUUGCAACUUGGUUUCUAUAUAAAUUCAUGACGAAUGAACUGCUAAUUCCUAAAGAAGCGGCACGUUCUGUCCUUCGGAUCAAAGAAGACGCUAACAAUGGGAAUCUGCAGAGAUAUGAUUACACGACCAAGGGUUCAAAGAAGGAUAGGAGGAAACAGAGCUGCACUUUUUGUAUAUGCCAUGGAAGGGCUGGAGAACAUGGCUUUUGUUGCCAAUGCUGUGAGCCUAGUAACUUACUUCUAUGGGUACAUGAACUUCAGCUUAACAAAAUCUGCCACAACACUCACCAACUUUAUGGGAACUGCAUUUUUACUAUCUCUGGUUGGUGGAAUAAUCAGUGAUACCUUCCUCUCUAGGUUCAAGACCUGUGUUCUGUUUGCAUGCAUGGAAUUGCUGGGAUAUGGUAUCCUCACAAUUCAAGCAUGGUUCCACCAAUUAAGACCCAUACCCUGCAAAGAUGUGGCACCAACCCAGAUGAGUCAAUGUGAGGCUGCCACGGAUGGCCAGGCUGCAAUACUUUACACUGGCCUAUACCUUGUUGCCUUAGGAACCGGUGGUAUUAAGGCAGCUUUACCAGCCUUAGGGGCUGACCAGUUUGAUGAUAAAGAUCCCAAGGAGGCAGCUCAACUCUCUAGCUUUUUCAACUGGUUCUUGUUCAGCCUUACCAUUGGAGCAAUAGUUGGUGUUACUUUCAUUGUUUGGAUUGGUGCCAACCUAGGAUGGGAUUGGAGCUUUAUUGUAUGCACUGCAACAAUUUUAUUUGCAAUUCUCUUCAUAUGCAUGGGCAAAUCAUUAUACCGAAACAAUGUCCCAAAGGGAAGCCCUCUAAUUCGAAUCAUACAGGUGUUUGUGGCAGCUUUCAGAAACAGAAAACUUCAGGUUCCAGAUAACACAGACGAACUACAUGAGACUCAUGAAAAGCAAAGAGGGGACGAUUAUGAAAUCCUUAAAAAGACAGAUCAAUUCAGAUUUUUGGACCGAGCAGCAAUUGGUAGAAGCAGCACAGGUGCAGCAAAUGGACCCUGGAGACUGUGCACAGUAACACAAGUGGAAGAAACGAAAAUCCUAAUCCGCAUGCUACCAAUAAUAUUUAGCACCAUAUUCAUGAACACAUGUUUGGCUCAACUUCAGACUUUCACCAUACAACAAAGCACCACAAUGAACACCAAAAUCGGGGGGUUUAAAGUGCCAGGACCCUCUCUCCCGGUCAUCCCUUUGUUGUUCAUGUUUGUCCUAAUCCCUUUAUAUGACCGUUUCUUCGUGCCACUUGCUCGAAGAAUCACGGGGAUUCCCACAGGAAUUCGACACCUUCAGAGGAUUGGAAUUGGAUUGGUAAUGUCUGCUGUUUCCAUGGCAGUGGCUGGUUUUGUGGAAACAUGGCGCAAGAAUGUGGCCAUCCAACACAACAUGGUGGAUAGCACAGAGCCUUUGCCAAUAAGUGUGUUCUGGCUGGGUUUCCAAUAUGGUAUUUUUGGAGCUGCAGACAUGUUUACCCUCAUUGGACUUUUGGAGUUUUUCUAUGCGGAAAGUUCAGCUGGAAUGAAGUCACUAGGCACAGCGAUCUCGUGGUGUUCCGUGGCAUUCGGUUACUAUACAAGCACGGUGGUGGUUGAGGUGGUCAACAAAGUGAGUGGAGGCUGGCUGGCUAGUAACAACUUGAAUAGAGACAAGCUCAACUACUUCUACUGGAUGUUGUCAGUGAUCAGCGUUGUAAACUUUGGAUUUUACUUGCUUUGUGCUUCUUGGUAUAGGUACAAAACGGUGGAAGAUGAGCAACAUGAUUCAAAAGAUAACGUUGACAUCGCCAAGGUUUAGAUUAUUAGGUCUGCAAGACGUUCGGUGUAAUUUUUAUUUUGCACUUCCAGUAUCUGCUAUAAAUAUUAGGUCUGUUAGAAAAACCUACAUAAAUAUCUGCUGCUAAACAACCAAUGUGAAUUAAACUAUGCUUGGAUAUAAAUAUAAUGCCAUAUUUGUUUCUGAUAA